AACAUGGGGGAUACGGCAGCCACCCACGCCGAACCCCUCUAGUGACUCGCAGGGUGGCGCUGCUGCACACACAUCCACGGUGAUCUUCUUUGUUUUGGCCGUGGCCUUCCUCCUGACCACCGUGGCUGUCCUGGUCCUCAUGGUCUCAUACCGCAGACGCAGGAAGAGGAGGAGGGUCUCUCAGAACGUGGAGAUGAGAAUGCUGCCAAAGGGGAGUUAUUUCACCAACGUGGACUCAGCAACAGAGGUGAAACAAGACUACUGGGUCAUACCAUGUGAGGACCUGAUGUUGGAGGGACAGAUCUUAGGGGAGGGGAACUUCGGACAAGUCAUGAAGGCCACAAUCAAGAAGGGUGACCGGCGGGUCAAGGCUGCUAUCAAAGUACUCAAGGAGGGUGCAACUGACAAUGAUCGGAAGGAUUUCAUUGGAGAGCUCGACAUCAUGUGCAAGAUAGGACCACAUCCAAAUGUGAUCAACCUGAUAGGAGCAUGCCAUGUUGGAGAUCAGCUCCUAGUGGCCACCGAGUACGCCCCCUAUGGAAGCCUGCUGGAAGUGCUGCGGUCCAGCCGGACGUUAGACACGGACCCAGACUACGCACAGAAGACCAACAUGGCGUGCGCUCUGUCAUGUGAACAGCUGCUGCAGAUGGCUAUAGAUGUGGCUAGGGGGAUGAAGUUCCUCAGCGAGAAGGGGUGCAUCCAUCGUGACCUGGCAGCAAGGAAUGUCUUGGUGGGAGAACACAUGGUCGCCAAGGUGUCGGACUUUGGCCUCUCCCGCGGAGAAAACGUCUACGUCAAGACAACCAUGGGUCGCUUGCCAGUAAGGUGGAUGGCAGUGGAGUCUCUGACUUACAGUGUAUACACCACCAAGAGCGACGUGUGGUCCUAUGGAAUUCUGCUGUGGGAGAUCAUAACAUUAGGUGGAACCCCAUACUGCGGCAUGACCUGCAAAGAGCUGUUUGAAAGACUGCCCCAGGGCUACCGGAUGGAACAACCCCUCAACUGUGACGACGACCUGUAUCAGCUGAUGCGGCAGUGCUGGCGUGACCGCCCGUAUGACCGCCCUCCCUUCGCACAGAUCUGCGUGGCUCUCAACAAGAUGUUACAAGCCAGGAAGCCGUACAUGAACAUGGAGAUACAUGAAGAAUUCCAGUACGCCGAUAUCGACAAGCAAGAAGACCUGUAAGAAGCAACCUACUUUCAAAGUUGAUACCGGCUGACAACACAUAUUAAAUGACACCACCUUGAAGAAUAUGGACUGUAGAUCUAAGCUUAGAAUAGACAGAGAAGCCGAGGGCUUUGUUUAGACUUGGUCUUGAAAUAGACAUGUCAAUACUAUACAUUAUAACAAAUGCAGUACAGCAAAAGUGGCCAAGUAACACAAUACAAUACAUUAAGGAAUGGCCACAUAAUUUCAUUUUCUGAUCUAAGACUGAUACACAUUUACAACGCCAGUCAGUAAUUGGAAAUUCAUUAAUGUUACACCAUACACAUGAAAGUAGCUCUACGUAAUUUAUAGAUAUUUAUUUGUUACCUGUCAAGGACAGUGUGUUCUCACCAUGCGGCUGUGAUUGUAAACGAGGAUUAAUUAA